GUUACAGCAAGAGUUCAAACUGGACACAACGGAAGGGCUGCCGUGUCAAGCAGGGAAAAACUUAGGACCAUACACGCAGCAAGUGGGAAAUAGAUUAGUACCAUGUGUAUGGAGACAUGAGGAGAAGAGCAACCAUAAAUGGAAGCACAUACCUUCGACCAUACAACUCCAUCAACACCAAGAAAAAUGGGCACGUUCUUCUUCCUAAUCAUCCUUGCAUUGAUCACCAUUCCACCAUGCUCAUAUGCUUCGGCCCAGUCGACGCUAAGCACUGGCUCGUCCUUCUCUGUAGAAGACUAUAGGCAGACCUUCCUUACCUCGCCAAAUGCUGAUUUCUCUUGUGGCUUCUAUGAAGUUGGAAGGAAUGGAUUCUCCUUCUCUAUUUGGUUCACUAACACCAUAGAAAAGACGCUUGUAUGGUCUGCAAACCCCAAGUCUCCGGUGAAUGGCCGUGGUUCCAUGGUACUACUGAACCAUAACGGAAACUUGGUUCUCACCGAUGUCAAUGGCACCGUGACUUGGGACAGCAACACAAGCUCUGGAGAGGGCACAAUGGUUUCCCUUCUUGACACCGGCAACCUCAUCGUCAAAGACUCCACUGGUAAAAUCUUGUGGGAAAGCUUCUCUUCCCCGACAGAUACCCUGCUGCCUUUGCAGCCCCUAAAAAAAGAGAUAUCAAGUAUCUAUUGGCCAAGUGCAGACUAUACUGUGUUUGAAAAUGGACGGACUAACUACAACAGCUCCAGGAUUGCAGUCCUCGACACUGAAGGAUUUUUCCUCUCAAGUGAUGGGGUGAAUGUCAAGGCUUCUGAUUGGGGUACUGGAGUUAAGAGAAGGCUGACCAUUGGUCAUGACGGAAACAUCAGAAUAUACAGUCUGAAUGCUUCAACUGGGAGCUGGAUAGUAUCAUGGGAGGCUAUAGCAGAAAUAUGCAGUGUGCACGGGAUAUGUGGACAAAAUAGGUUUUGUGAGUAUUUACCAAGCCUCAGGUGUUCAUGUCCCCCAGGAUAUGAGAUGACUGAUCCGCAAAAUUGGAACAGAGGUUGCCGGCCACAAUUCAACAAAAGCUGCAGCAGAACAGAACAGUUUGACUUCAUCAAGGUCCCCCAAAGUGACUGUUAUGGCUUUGAUCUGACCUACAACCAGUCCGUCUCACUUGCUCAAUGUAAGAAGAUAUGCUUGGACAUCUGUACCUGCUCAGCAUUCACAUACAAGAUAGGAUCUGCACUUUGCUACACCAAAUCUGUACUCUUCAAUUGUUAUAGAUCCGCAAAUUUUCCUGGAGAUAACUAUAUCAAAGUACCCAAGAAUCUGGGUACCUCCAAACAGUCUGGUCUCACGUGUAAUCUGGGAAAUCCUGUGGUUAUUCAAGACUCUGCAAGUAUGUAUGGAAUGAACUAUAGCAACAAAAGUUAUACUACUUACUAUGUAUUUGCAACAAUACUGGCAGCCCUAGUGUUGCUCUUUAUAGGUACAAGCUGGUCGUUUCUCUACAGCAAGCAAAACAUACCCAAGUCAAUGGAAGCAGGAUACAGGACGGUGAUGAGCCAAUUCAGGAUGUUCACGUACCGAGAGUUAAGGGAAGCUACUGGAAAGUUUAAAGAAGAGAUUGGAAGAGGAGCCUCUGGAAUUGUUUACAGAGGAGUACUUGAAGAUAAGAGAGUAAUUGCGGUGAAGAAGCUAACAAACAUUUCACAUAGUGAGGAGGAAUUCUGGGCAGAAAUGAAUAUAAUCGGAAGGAUCAACCAUAUGAAUUUAGUGAGAAUGUGGGGGUUUUGCUCUGAGGGUCAACACAAACUACUGGUGUAUGAGUAUGUCGAGAAUGAAUCACUCGACAAGUUUAUAUUUGGUGAUGUAAGUACUGAGAGAUUACUUUCGUGGAGCCAACGAUUCAAAAUAGCAUUGGGAACUGCAAGAGGUUUGGCCUACCUCCAUCAUGAGUGCCUGGAGUGGAUAAUCCAUUGUGAUGUAAAGCCAGAGAACAUACUCCUGAGCCGAGACUUUGAAGCCAAGAUAGCAGAUUUUGGACUAGCCAAACUCUCAAAGAGAGACAGUUCCAGUUUCAGCCUCGCCUACAUGAGAGGAACAAUGGGCUACAUGGCACCCGAGUGGGCGCUGAAUUUGCCAAUCAAUGCAAAGGUCGACGUAUACAGUUAUGGUGUUGUCCUUCUCGAGUUAGUUACUGGAAGUAGGAUCUCAAGUGGGAUAGCAAUGGAUGGUGAAGAGGUAGAGCUUAGUCGGUUUGUGCACACAUUGAAAGAUUUGCUGGUGAGUGGAGAUGUCAAGGAUAUAGUUGAUACUAGAUUGAAUGGCUAUUUUGAUCCGGACCAAGUGGCAGUGAUGGUGAAACUGGCUUUAUCUUGUCUUGAAGAAAGAAACCGCAGGCCUACAAUGAAUGAAAUUGUAAGAGCUCUUCUAGCAUGUGAUGACCAUGAUAAUCAUCCAGCCUACUCAUGGUUGACUUGUGAUAACUUAUUAGAUCUCGAUUUGUAAGAAUAAACUGUUUGCAUGGUACGUGGUAUUUGAUAGUAAGAUAAAGCCAUUCUCGAUAUAAGUAGUAAAAUAAAUAAUGACUAGACAAAUGAUAGUUA